AUGGAAAGCGCAUACCGCCAACACCUCCCUAAGGAGGGCUGGUCAGAAAGACAAGGUCUUGAUAUCAGCGAUCCAUAUAUUUAUUCCGAGAAAGUCAUCAACGGCCCAUCAUUCCAGGCGAUAUGGAAUGGUUGGAAGGAGAACUUGGCUGCCGGAUUUUACGGCAUCACAAGUAACGGCGUCAAAAGAGGGGGGCUCUACCGUCUCCAAGAUGAAGGCGCGCCAACACAGGAAAUAGUCGAUGCUGCCACGGCCGUCAUUGCAUCGCUGAGCCCUGGCGAGAAGAGCGCUGCUGUUCGCGACUUGGAGUCUGAAGACUGUGUCCACCUCGAACAGCUGCAGCAGGCCAAGGUCGACUUAAUUAUAGCGCUUCUGAAGAAGUCGUUCAGCGAUAAGGGGUUCGCCAAGAUAGCCGGGGCGAUGAAGACAAACAAGUUCCUUGGUCCCGAUAAAGGCAUCGAGAUUUGCGCAAAAGAAGGCGAGCUGGGUCUCGAGCUCAUGCAAUCUCUCCCUCCAGAUCUUCAGAGGAAGGCACAAACAUAUGCGAAUCUACACGACGACGCCAUGCCAGACGGCCGCUGGAACUUGGCGGACCAGAGGCAUCUCGCGGGCGCGUUCCAGGACAAUAGAGUGAUUCCAUAUGAAGGGGUCGUGGCAUCCGACAUGGACUGUGAAAAUCAGCAGAAGCUGAUGGCCGUAGUCGAGGCAUUCCUAGCACUAUUACCCCCAAAACCUCUGGAGGCAAGGCUUAAGCAGAUCCGUGCCUGGUUACCGGAGACGUAUUUCUCCUGGAUCGGGGGCUACGGCCCAGAAGAUCCGUUCUACUACCGCAUCCAGAGUCCAGUGGCCCUUUUUGAGUUUGAUCAUCACUCAAGCGUGUUUCUUACAAACCGGGAGCCCGCUAAGUAUCAUAUCCAUACAGUCCAGCGCAUUCCUAAUGGUAAUGACUAUGGCAUGGAGCUGAAAAGCCUUGCCACAAAGCCGUAG